AUCAUUAUGGAACAUUCUAACUCAUCUUCGGUCUCCGAAGAUGUUACAAUUCUACGCCCACAUAACACCAUAAGAAAUCUGUACGGUCCACGAACAGCGCUGGUAUUUUAACAAACUUUUUAAAUUAUAAAUUCAAUAAUUUUUUGUCCGUAGCCUUACUUACUUUUAGCUAUGCGGUAGGCCUUGGCCUUAGCCCAUACUCAUACUUAGCUAUUGACAAUUGUUGGGAUUUGGGGGGCAUAGAUUAUUGGGUAAUCUACCACUUGAGCAAGGGCCGGCUAAGAAAAAAUCCACUUAAUCCAGUUGUUCCGUUUGGAAGGGCUAUUUAAACAACUAUUCUUACAUUGGAGUCCGUUAAUAUUUUUGCUUCCGUAUAGGCAUAGGCUAUAAAGUUAUAUAGCACAAUACUAAUACAUUUAAAUAAUUAUAACUGCCUAGCUACCGAUAUGCCAGGAAGAAAAAGAGACUACAAAAGUGCCGAUGUUUGAUACAGAUAAGAUACGAAAUGAACAAGAAUGGUGGCUGUCCACUGUCCACACUACUGAUGAAUUUGUCAGACCCCUUAUUCAACAUCUAAGAUGGUGCAUUAACAAAAUUAUUAUUUUUUUUUAAUCCAGUUGACGCGGAUGUCCACACACAGAAUGUGGAAAACGUGGAUGCUCAAAAAGCGUAAACUGAAAAGACAGUUUGGAACAAGCCGUGAUCUUUCCUCUUCAUAUUUACAUGAAUUCAUGUACCACAACCGAUUUCGUGGAACUUAUAUUUUUUGAAACUUCAUUGUCGCCUUGGGGGAGAACUAUCCAUAAUUCCUUUUUCAAACAUUAAAUUGUUUAAAUUUUUCUAUUUCAAAUUUUUUAAAUAGUUUUUCUAUUUAAAAAAAAAAAUUUCUUGUGUAUUUGUAUUAGUACUAUUAUAUGGGAAUGAAUAUGCACAACCAAUGUCGUUAAAAAUAGUAUAUGAAUAAUUGUUUAAAUAGCCCUUCCAACCGGAACAGCUGGAUUUUUUCUUGGCCGACGCUCAAGUGGUAGAUUACCGAUUAUUGAUUAGUGUGGGCUGUUUUCUCGUUGAUGUGCCAGAAAGAAGUGCGAGUAUGUUAUGGUGACAUGGACAUGACAUGAGUCAAAAUGAGUGCAGUCAUUAUGAUAAUUUAUGAAAUUAUGUAUGGCUGCAGCUAUUCGGACCCGGGAUUGAAGAAUGAAAGAUUGGGCUUAUUAACAAAAUUUAAAAAAUAUUAUUGUUGGGUUUGUACAUUGUAAGUGUAAGACAAAACUUGGUAAUUGGUAUCAAAUGAAAGAUAAUUUAGAAUGCACUAUUAUUCACUAUGAAUGACUAUAUGUUUGUAAACUUACUAAUUACUUCUUCAGUUUAACUAAAAUAAACUACCACAAAUGACACUCGAGUAGCAUUUAAUAUAAAGGGACCCGGGUCCAAAUAGCAGCAAUUCACUACGAAAUGUUAACCCACCUGGGUAAACAAGGGAGAGAACUUCUGCUGGCUCUCAUAAACCAAACCUGGACUACAGGCACAUUGCCGAAAAUGUGGAAAAAGGCCAUAGUGCCCAUAGUCAUACCAAAGAAUGGAAAACCAGGUCAUUUACCGACAAGCUACCGUCCAAUCUCCCCCACAGACCACUGGUUUCUGGAGAAAAUAAGUGCUUACCACCUACGCAAGGUGGUUCAGCAAGGGCCGCCAGGCCAUGGAUCAGGUGAUCUGUCUAGUUCAGUCCAUGACAAAUUAGCUCCAAAUGAAAAAUCACAUGAUCACCGUGUUCUUUGACCUCAAACAUGCGUACGAACGAGUAUGGCGCAUGGGCCUCAUGUAUAAGGAUUUCUGGAAACUUGUCCGUGUCCGCAUGGGGGGAGGAAUUCUUGAGAAACAACUAUUGCCACACGGGUUGCCCAGGUUGGCAAUAACAUAUCUGAUCAGCUUGUCCCAGGGGACGGACUCCCGGAGGAGUCCGCCCUUAGCUGCACACUUUUCCUCGCCUAUGUUUACGACCUGCAAGAGAAAUUGAAUCUCAGAACGCGAUGUUAACGGACGAUUUAGUAAUUUGGAGUUUGGGAAAGGAUGUCAAAACCUUGCAGAUCCCGCUGCAACACGACCUAGACCGAAUUGAAGCCUAUGCGAAUAGGUGGAAAAUGGCUGUGAACACUGACAAGACGGUUUACUGGAUGUUCACGAAUGGAAGGAAUGCACUUAAAGUGGUAACGAAAUUAACCAUCAAUGGUAAAAAAUUGAUAUGGGAUCGGACUCCAGUGUAUUUGGGCAUGUAGUUGGAUUAGAAGCUUAGCUCCAUAACCACAUACACGAACUGUGUGGCAAAACUUCACAAAAAUUGGGCCUGGUGAAAAAUCUAGCCAGCACAGAUUGGGUUGCUGAUGCAAGACUAUUGAGGUCCCUUUACCUCAGUAGCAUAAGAGGGGCAAUGGACUACAGACUCCCAGUCCAAAUUUUUGAGAGCCGCUCAGCUCUAGAGGGCUUGGACAGCAUUCAAAACCGAGUUCUUAGGUUUGUAUGCGGGGCGAUAGGCACAACACCCUUGGCGGGAAAAGGUGGUCCUAACAACAAAUGGACAGACAGGAACCCUGCUUUCAGUUACAGGCCGGCCCUAAACAAGAACUACUAAAGGCAGUGCAAAAAACGAUUAACGCUUACCCAGACAGCCUGUUAAAAGUCCUGCCUUGAAGAUAUGAUUUACGGCGAUGCCUACCAGAUGUGGCAAGCCGCCACAAUAAUAGCCAGGGCUAUAAGAGAUUGGAUCUCAGCCCAUAAGAGUAUUGAUCGUUAUUAGUGGUUUUGAGAUGCCUAUUGUAUUGACUCAUAAAUGUGUGCCUGAAAGGAAUAUGCAGCAUGCACAAUGACAAUGUUAUAAUUAUAAUUAUAAAAAGAAUUUCCUUUUAUUUGGAUCAAUUAUAAACAUUUUUCCCUCUUUAUAUUAUUAUUACUAUUUAUUAUUUAUUACUUUAAAAAUAGCACUUCCAGUGGGAAUAACAAAUUUAAAAAGAAAACCACGCAAAUGGUAAAUUACCACAAAUGUAACUUUUAAAAAGUAUCAAUCUAAAGGUAAUCUCUUAUUUUAGUACUCUUUGACAUUUAGUGUAUAAUUAUAGAAAAUAGACUUAAUAGAGUGUAGGCCUAUAGAGAGUGAUCAUGAUUAUUACGAAGUCACUGGAAGGGGUGAGUUGUUGAGCCCUAUAAAUAAUUGUAGCUUCUAAAAGCUCAAUUUGCUAUUUUGGCUAUGUGCAUGCUGUUAUUGUAAUAAUGAUCACAUUAUUUAGAUUGUUUAGCUGAAUAAAUGCACAUUGUUUUACCAUGAAAGCAUAAAUUAACAAGUCGUACUAAAGCAACAAUUUUUGUAACCUGUAAUUAUCUAAAUGCAGUAUUAUUAGUCAUUAGUAUUAUUAUAUUAUGUAAAAUUAAAAUGAGGGGGUGCAGCCCAACCUACUGGUACAUUCAUAGUUAUCAUAGUAACAUACCGUUAAAAAAGGACAAACUAACUUACAUUUUCAUCAAGUUUUUUUGAAUUCAUAGCUCAAAAACUACAUUCAAUAAUUGAUCCCUAAACUGUGUGGACAAAAGCAUUGUGCUCUAUCCAUAACAGAUUAUGCCCAGGAUGCUUUGCGUACUACCCAAGGCAUUUUAUGCAUAGGGCGCAUCUCGUUAUUCCCAUCACUGGCCUAAUUAUUAUGCGCUUUAUUUUUAAAAUCACUAGGCCUUGGUUAUUUACCAGAAGGAAUUACAUUUAAAAACACUUCAAUAGUUAGGGCCUAAUACAAAAAAAUUAUAAUAUUUUUUUUUUCUACGAGUCUUAUAUUUUUGUUGGUUUUUAAGGUAAUUUUAAUUUCUCCUUGUAUACCAGUAAUACCACAAUGGCACCAUGCCCAUGAAGUUUUUAUAAGUUUAAUAGUUUUUGUUUUGGGACAAAAGGGCAAUAUUUGACUUAUAAAACCCAUUUAAUAAUAAAAUAAGUUAAUUUUUUUUAUUUUAAAAAAAGAAAAAGUUAACUAUGAAACAAAAACAAAAAACUUGUUCAUUUGCAUUGAACGUAGUACACUAAAAUCAGAGAUUACCAUUUUAGGGCCUAUAGUUUGCCUACAAAAAAUAGUAAGUCAUAAAUAGUAGGUAAGCUAAGACUACUAAUAGUAAUUAGGAAGGCCUAAUAGUUAAAUAUAAUUUUUGCAAAACAGGAGUACUUCCAGCUAAAUGUCUAUGCUGGCAAUUUUCAAUUUCAAAUUGUGAUUUUAAAACCUUAACUGAACCAUUUCAUUAUGUUUUCUGCAUGUAGGUCAUUGCCCAUGAGCAUUGUCUACGUAUACCAGAUGAUUUAAAGACUUUUACAGAAGGGGAACAUGGAGUCAAUGUGUGAGUUUAAUCAUGUUCACUAGCACCAUGUAUGGCAAAGCCACCUGACCCUGGCUCAGUCAUGAGCAAGCAGCAGGUAUGCCACAGCCACCUGACCCCUGGCUCAGUCACUAGCAAGCACCAUGUAUGGCACAGCCACCUGACCCCUGGCUCAGUCACUGGCAAGCACCAUGUAUGGCACAGCCACCUGACCCCUGGCUCUGUCACUAGCAAGCACCAUGUAUGGCACAGCCACCUGACCCCUGGGUUUAGAAAUUAGUUGUAAAUAACAAUGUAAUAAUUCCAGUUUUAAUCCAAUGGAUGCUUUGGGAUGAUGCGGGAGUUAUUAUUUAAAAAAUUUGUACACAUUAAAUGACUGGAAGUGUGUUUGUGCUUAAUAUAAUUCUGAAUAUUUUAUUCUUUUAAGGCGAUAUACAAAGAAAUUACCAUUAAAGAACACUAACCAUCCUCCGAUUGAUGCUAUUGUAAUGGUUUACAAGAUCGGUGACAAAGACAGGUAAGUUAACAACAAAAACUGAAAAAAUUCAGUGGCCAUUAAAAUAUAGAACAAAUUAAAAAAUAAUUCUGUCCUCACCUCUCUAUCUCUCCCUCCCUCCCUCCUACAACUGGUUCCUUGAUGGCUCUUAAUGUCCUGUACAACUUUUUGAAAAAAAAGUUUUUUGCCAUUUUGAAUUGUUUCCAUUAGAAUUAUGAUUAUAUAGGCUAUAGGGUGCAUGCGGAAAACCUAAGUUGGCAAAUAUUUACGUCAUGCACAGAAACAUCAAAAGGCAAAUGGAGGAUAAUAUAAAUUGAUAACUAAUGCAAGUGUGAUAUUUUUCUAGUAUUAGUAUUGGGCUAUUAAUGGACAGCCAGAAUUUCAGGAUAACCCCCCACCGCCCCUGUUCGCAAACUCCAAAAUUAAGAACCUCCCCUCAGUACAUAUGUUCAAUGGCCCUUGUAAUUAAAUAAUCAUUGAACCUUGAAUGCUGAUGAAUUACCAUAUUCAAAGACAGUGUCAUUUUUGUUCAAGGGGCCAGAUGCGAACCCUUGCCUUUAUACCACAUUUAAAAGCAUAUCUUAUUCUGGCUCACAGAAAGCAUAAAUACUUUAUCGAUAUCUGCAAAGUACUUGAGAUGUCAUUAAAUAUUACAAUUUUAUUUUUCUGUUCAUUAAAAAGGUUUAUGUGACAUUUUAUUUUCAUUUUAUUCAGAGUAUACAAUUUAUAGGGGUAAUUAAAACGAAAUUUAUGAAAUAUAAAACAGUCAACAAAGACACUAGAAUGUGACUAGUUCAUUAAAGAUAGAUCCUGCUUUGCCAAUGGAAUGUUUUAUAUUUCUUGUCAUGGUCUUAAGUCUAAACUAGGAUAUAAUAAUAAUUGCAUGUACCCAUUGGCAUAGCAAACAGGAUAGCUGGGCAGCAGCCUUAAAAAUGGUAUCCAUUGGUGUUAAGGUGGAAGACAAAGUUGUUUGGUUUUGUUUUUGAAGCCUUUCUCUUCUACUCUUCCUUUCCCCUGUACGGCAGUAAGUGUGCAACUCAAAACAUGGCUCCUUAUAAGUUAAUGGCUUCGUUAAAAGUUAAUGGCUCCGUUAAAAGUUGUACAAGUUUAUUUCACUUCACAACUCAUAAUGCUACUUACUAAACUUACUAUUAUGUACCAUUAUAGUUGUCUAUGUGGAAUAUCUAGAUGUUUUUCCAAGAUUGAUAUGACAGUCACUUUGUUUAAUUUCACACACUUUUUAAAGGGUGCUCUAGUCUUUAAUUAACCCGCUUUUCUUGUUUUCACCCAGCUUCAACACCAUUAAGCAAAGUUUACCUCUUGUUGACAUCAAAUACCUUCUUAGCCAAUGUUUUAUAUUGGUGGUUUCUGGUGAGUAGCUUAUAUUAGUAAUAUACUUAACUUAGGUUACUGUUGGUUAAUUUUACAUGUAAAAAAAAAAAAAUGAAUCCCCUACAGGUUACCGUUGGCUUGUUGGGCAUUUAUAAAAGAAAUGAUUCAGUCAUUCCAACCUGAGUUGUAGCCUUGACUUGAGCUGUCUUUGUUUUAAGUGAGGGAGAGUUGCUCAAUUCGCCAGCCUCACUUUCUCUUAUUCUUGCCUAUUUGAUCCAAUGGCUUGACUUAGUCAAGACCACUGGAAAUAGACCAGGAUGCAGUAGAUGACCAGCCGUGUGUAUUUGUGUUUCACUGUGCUCUUUAUGGGUUCAACGUUGCAGGCAUAGUCAGAAUUUACAUUGCUUCAAUGUCAUAACGCCUACAGGAAUCCAUCUCAGGGUUUGAUUUCAGAGCUUUCCUACUCUUAGAUGAGCUGCCAUCCAAGGAUCACGAGUCCCAUCCAACCGGGGUGAUGGUUUACUUGUCUAGGCGUUUUCCGGGUAUUGAGCUCUAGUCCACUAGCUUGGUCCAGUCACACCACAUGACAACAGCACAGGCCAAUCAGGUCACAAAGUUCACUCAAUACACACAAAAAUAAUCGUCAGACAUACAAACUGUUACACCCAUUUUGAGAUUGCAGAAAACAACAACAAGUCUACCAAUCUUAUAGUUGUUGCUGAUUAUAAUUUUUAUUUCUCAGAUGGUGAUGUUUUUGGUGGAGAUCUUAAAGAGAUUGAAAAUUUUUCAAGACUUUACCAUUUACCUUUUCACUGCGCUUACAGGCGAAAGGUAGUGUGAGACUACCACAUUAUAAGACUGCUAUAAGUACUUCAAAUAACCUUAAGAAACACAGAUUUUGAAAGUUAUCUGUUUUAAAAUGUUUCAUUUGGGGAUUAGUUCAAUUUAAAUAAGAUGUCAGAACAUGAUGUCCCAACCACUGAUGAAUAUUUUUUUUUUUUUUUGCUGUUUGCAUAUUUAUUUCUCGGUUUUCAAAUUGUGACACAUUGCUCUGUUUUCAUCUAUCUAGGAUCCAGAAGGAAAAGGUUUGCAGAGGCUUCAGAUCCCAAGCAACCUGAUGUCCAUUUACUGUCCUCCCGCUGGAAGUGAUGUCAACCCAUUUGUUAUUGCUGCCAAUUUGGUUAGGAAUGAGCAAGCAAUGGCUUCUGCAAGUCAAAACAUUACGGAUUAGUAUCAAAGUAUCAAGCACAGUUAUAUUGCACACUGCUAAUCAACAUGAGCCAUGACUAUGCUCAAUAGAUAUUAUUACUGCAUAUCUAGUUUGGCCAAACAAAGCCUCAUCUGA